CCAAAGUUACUUUUUCUUCCAGUCUUGGAUUCAAGGCCUUGACAACCAUGAGGUUUCUCAUCCUUACCUGCCUUGUGGCUGUUGCUCUUGCCAGGCCUAAACUUCCUCUUAGACACCCAGAACUCAUUCAAAAUGAACCAGACAGCGGAGAGGAAGUUCUCAGAGAAAGACAGUUUCCCAGGUUUGCCCUGCCUACAUCAAGAGAGCUAAGAGAGGCUUACUUCAGUGAACUGAGCCAGGGACAGGCCGUGGAAUACCCUGAGCAAAAGCAAUCUAGCAGCAGUUCAUCAAGUGAGGAAGUUGUUCCCAAUAACACUGAGCAGAAGCAAAUUCCAAGAGAAGACACACUCUACCAACACUACCUGGAACAGCUUCGUAAACUGAGCAAAUACAACAAACAACAGCUGGAAGCUAUCCAUGACCAGCAACAACUUCACAGAAUGAAUGAAAACAACCUCCUCCAACUGCCUUUCCAACAAUUCUACAAACUUGAUGCUUAUCCCUUUGCUGCUUGGUAUUAUCUUCCACAAAUCAUGCAGUUUAUUGCUUAUCCACCAUCCUACGACAUCGCUAAACCCAUUGUCUCUGAGAACAUUGAAAACGUUGAUGUUGUGCCAGAGUGGUGAAAAAUUAAGAAUUCCCAGGAACUCCACAAUUAUGGCUGUUGAUGUGACUGAAAAUUCCAUUCUCUAAAUUUCUCCCAUCUACCAUGUAAAACCAUCCUAUCCAAAGGCUUCGACUGUUAUUUUAGAAUAGGACAAUCCCAAAUUGAGGGCAAUGUUUCUUUUUCAGUUCUCUACUGUAUAUUAGAUAGAAUUAUCAUUAUUUUCCUUAAGCUAAAUUUUCCUAACAGUUUAUUGUCUAAAUUCCAGUUGUAUCAUGCCAGUAUGAAGGUCACUGAAACAGAGGGUAUUGAAGUCUUUACUAAGUUUCUAUUAUGGAAAUUUUGUGUAAAAAGUCUUUGAAUGGCUUCUUCUGUAAGUACCAUCAUUCCAUAUAAUUGUGUGCAGUGACUGAGAUUUUUUCCUUUUUUUCCAAUAAAUUACAA